AACGUCAUGGAUGAAUAUGAAAAUAUUGACAUCAAAGAUGUUGAAGACACAAAUGGUACCAAUAAAGAAGAAAGAAGAGGUGAAAAAAGGAUUAUUGAUAAAGAUCAACUAUUAAAGCGUUCACAAUCCGAAAUAGCUUUUUUAGACAACCGUAUCCCACGCGCUUCCACUGACCUUAUUACACCCCUCCCUAUUUCAUUCGCUGAGGCUGGAUUCUUUGCCAGUCAUGCAGAAGGGCAAAAGCCAAAAAUUGUUUGGUUUGGAUGCUCUGAUUCUCGAGUUCCUGCGGAAACUGUAGUUCAAUUGGGACCUGGUGAAAUUUUUGUUCACAGAAAUAUCGCUAACCAAUUCAACCAUACAGACUUAAAUUCUUUAUCUGUGUUACAAUAUGCAGUGGAACAUCUUGGAGUUGAGCAUAUAAUCGUUUGUGGUCAUACUGGAUGUGGAGGUGUUUCUGCGUCAUUGAGCAACGACCAACAUGGCCUUGUUGACCACUGGUUACGUAAUAUCAAGGAUAUUUACUAUGCAAAUAAAUCUAAAAUUGAUGCGUUACCGGAGAGGAAAGACCGUGUAAAUGAAUUGGUUAAAUUUAAUGUCGUGCAACAAGUUUACAACAUCUCUGCAACAAACAUAGUUCAAAAUGUAUGGGACCGUGGGGGUAAACUCGAAGUACAUGGUUGGGUUUAUGAUUUAGGGACGGGUUUGAUAGACGAUCUCAAAAUUAAUCUUAAAAAUGCAAAAGAUUUGC